UGCCUCAUUUUGGUGCCCAUUCAUCGAGCGGAGCUUGCCCGCGCGCCGGCCUCCCGCGCUCCGUGACACUCGCGACCGAAAAUCGACUAAUCAAAAAUAAAUCGCACAGCACUAGUGACUCGAGAGUUCCAAAUUCAAAAUAGUGCGCGACGCUAUAUUUUGUUUUGUUGUUUUUUCUUUUAAAUGAGAAAAGUGUUUCCUGCCAGUGCUUUCUUAACUUAGAGUUUGCAAGUUUAGUUUUUCAGCGACAUUUCGCGUGAAGAAAAGUUUGUUUGUAUGAAUAUGAACUUGCUGAGGGGAGCAUCAAUGCGUUGUUCAUGGAUGUCUUUUUGACUGGUUUCCUCAGAAAGCCGUUAGUAGUUAUAUCUUUAUUAAUCAUCAUAACAAUGUGCCUUACUGUGGCGGAGGCUGCACCGAGAACCGAACACAGACGGAGGCAUCACAGGAGACAAGCUGACCUGGCCAUCAGACCCAAAGACGGCCCAAAUAAAGACUACAAAACCGCCACAGAUACGAUAUUCAGAAGGAUAAAGAAUAAUAUACGGUUCUAUAGAGAUGACUUGAAGUACUACCUCGGGUUUAGAGAAGUGAGAGGCGCGAAGGGAAAUCCAAAAUGGCUGCCGAAAAUCAAUUUCGUCGCGAUACACUUUCACAGUUUCAGCAAUCUGCGAAGCAGGUUCCUGUACCUAAUGCCGAGGCUCUACAAGCACGCGCAGGAGUACCGCCUGCUGUUCGAGGCUCUCCUCAACGUCAACAUCAGCCACUCGGACGACCUCUUCAACCAGAUCAACAAGCGCCGGGAGUUCCUCAAGUCUACCAUCAACCGCAUCGACCUCCUGCUCACAGACAUGAACGAUACCAUGGUCGCCGUCAACCAAACCAUCCCGCACUUCAACCAAGAGUCUAUUUCGAACCUGGCCAAGUUGAACAAAAAUGUCAGCAGCUCCGAACAACGGCUGAAUGACAUCAUAGCGUUCAGAGCGUACGGGAACCUCCAGAAUACGUGGAAACUCGAGCUCAAGUGCUGGAAGAAGCGGCCCGGACGGAAACUCAAAGUCUGCGUCAAUUAUGAAGAGCAAAUGGCGAGAAGAAGACUAAACAUGAAGAUGCCGGUUAAGAGACGAGUGAAUUCUUUCAGGAAUCCCAAUGAUGAUUGAAGUAGGCUUCGCGUUAGAGAAGUGUUAGUUCAUGAUUUUCCAAGAAAGGAUAUUGUUGACGGUGAAAGAUGUACUUAGUUAUGAGUACUUAUUGAUGAUGUUCUGACAUUCGUUUUGCAGUUAAACUGUUGUAUUAAAAAUGUAAGUUUUAAGAAUCUGUGCUUUCCUAUUUAUUCUUACUUUAGACUAGCUUUGUAAUUAUUUAUUUCUCUUCAAGUAUUCUCUUGAAGCUGACUACUGCCCGCUCUCUGAAUUUUGUUUUAAACUUCGACGAUACAGUACCUAUGUUGAUAUUAUUUAUUGUUGAAUAAGCAAUGGGUCUUUAAUCUGUGAUAUUAUAUUAGUAUUGUAAAGUUUUUAAUUUAUUGAAUAUUAGCUUGUAAGAUCUAUACCUAGUUCCUCUGUUAUUCUGAAUGUUCUUUAGAUGAUGACUCCGUGAAUCCUUUGUAUAUUCUUUGAAGAACUUAUAACCUAAUUCAAUCAGAUCUUUAUUAUCGAUGUUGUCUUGAAAAUGUAUUAAU